GAAAACUUCACCGAAACACAGUGAUCUCUGGAGCUUCGAUAGAGCCAUGGAAGCAUUGGCAAAGCUGGAGAGAGUCCAGACUCGACUCCUCAAACGCCUAUCGAACCUCGAAUCUUCUCUUCUCUCUCAACAUUUCUCUCAAAACCUCUCUCUAUCAACUUCCUCCACCACCGAAGAUCGCCUUUCCGGCACUCUUCGCGCCAACGGCGUCGUCGAUUUCAGCUUCAAACGCGUCCCCUCUGAUUACUAUGAUUGGCCGCUCAAAUCUCAUCGUGAUAUUGUCAGUGUCGCAUCCAUUCAACAUCUCUGCAAAAGCAUUGUUCUGUCUUCAUUCCAUGUAAUAAUGCAGGUAAAUACUCAAGCCGCAUCCAAUAUUAUUGAUUGUAGUGAUCGUAACAAUUCAAAAUACUAUGUUGUCGUUGUACAGUAUGCAGCUCGAUUUAAUGCUGAGUCUGUAAAGAAUUUUCCGUACACUCUCAAUGAGAGCAAGAUAGCCAAGAAGAAAUUCAACAGAAACGUUGAGCAAACAACUGAGGUUAUGAUGAUGGACUUAUUUUAUGCAUUCUUCCUCUUCAUUCUAUACUGGGAGCAAAUAGAGUUGGAUGCUAUAAGUUUAUGAGUGAGGCUGGCUCCUGAGGAAACAUCAGUAAAGCUGAUUGGUUAUGAGCACAAUGCAGUCACAUGUAUUGGCAUGAAAACCAACAUACCGGUACCCAGUCUCUUUGUUCUUUCACUGAAAUUGUCAUAGUGUUCCCCAGUAUUCUUCUGUUUACAGUUAACAUUUGAACUGUUCCCAUGUCACUCUCCACAUUAGUUAAUGAAAUGUUUUGCAACUCAUCACACUCAUUACUUUCUCUAAUGCUGCAGCUGAUGGUAGCUAAUGCCAUAUCAGCUAGUUUAAGAGCUGCUCCUAAUGAAUGCCAAGAUUUGUGAUUACAUUCUCUAAUGCUGCAACUGGUGGUACCUAAUUUCCAUAUCAGCUACUUUCUGAGCUGCUUCUAAUGAAAUCCAGGAUUAGGUGGAUAAUCACACUAAUGAAGAUAUUAACUUGACUGGAACACUCCUGCUGUAAAUCAUUGAUUCCUCUAAAGUAUUGUUGGUUAAACCACAAAGCAUCUGUCUCUCUUGCCUCCUGCACUCAUGUGCAUUACAUCAAUGUGUAUUAGGUAGUGCAGCCUUCUUGUCCACAGCUGUUUGCUGUAGCUUGAACAAAUUGGGCCCUGAGAUCUUGUUGCCUGUGUCUUGAUUCCUGUCACUCUCUUGCUUACACCAAUUGCGAAUAAUAUGUGAUAUAUGCUGACAGGUCCCCGGUCUACCACAUUUAGAUGGAAAGUGGACUAAUUGGUAUGUGUUUUACUCUCCAUCAUUCUUUUUCAUUAAUGGACUCUAUGCUAUUCAUUGUGCCAGCUGUGCUGCUUCUCACUGUUCCUAAAAUCUGUAUCUGUCAAUGUUGUUGAUCUAGAAAUGCAGCCUGCCAGUUUUUCUCACUUCUCGCUAGAUUAGAGGCCACUUCCUUGAAGUUUUGGACCCCUUUGUUGAACAUUACUACGCUUUUGCCUAUAAUUAAAUUUCAUAGAGAAGCUU